AUGUUUCUGGAAGCACAGGAGAUGAUGGGUCAAGGCUUUCCGAGCUCCAGUGCCGAUGUUCAGAGCUGGGUGGUGCAAGAGGAUGGGCUCUUCCGUGCUGCUUUUGGCGCGCACGUGACUGAGCCGUGGAACCGGGAGCGGCUGUAUCUCCAGCUCGAGCGGUCUGUCCUUGCCAAGCCGGGGCCGACCUUGGAUGAGCGCGCACAAGAAUUGCGCUCGGAUGAAGAUCGCGAGAUGCUGGGCUCGGGUCUUUGCGCACCCCGGCUUGCCCCUCUGGAGGAAGUCUACUGGCUGAAUAAGUUGGGCCUGCGCUUCAGAUCGCAAGUGAAGUCGAAAAGGCGGCAUCUGGUGGCCAGUCAUCUCUACGAGCUGCGCCUGGACGUAAGCCGAAUCUCGCUGUUUCAAACUCCGCUGGCAUCCCGAGACCUGGCAAGAAGGGCCAGUUCUCUGGAUGCCUUGGACAGUCGCGAGACACGGGUUGCAGGUGAACUCCAGGAGCUCUUCCUCCGGUACCAGAAAGAGAUGGAGAGUCAUGUCGUGGCGCAGCUUGACAGUCGUUUGGACAUGCUCGUGGAGCGCGGCAAAGCAUUGCGCACCGCUUUGUUCGAGGCCGAAGCGCUCCCCAGCGAUGCGCAGGCCACGCAGGCCUCCCAGGCCGUGCAGGCAGCCAGAGAAGCCUACCGGAGCAACCUCCAGGAAAGGAAGAAAGUGCGUGCCAGGCGAGACGAGAAGGAAGCCUUUUUCGAGCAAGUCUGCAAGAAUCUCUACGGCAAAUGGCGGGAACUGCGACAAGUGCGACAGGAUUUCGGCUUCGUCUCCACCCCGUGGCGCCUGACAGCGCAGCCUCAGGAGCAUGACCUCUCGGCCGACACUGAACGAAGGGCGCGGAAUGUGGAUGCGGAGAUAGAGGAGAGCAGCUAUCUACAAGGUUUCGCAGCUGAGCAAGAGCGUGACCGAGUUCAGAACAAGUGGGACAUGGCAAAGCGCGGGCCAGGCCAGCCAUCCUACCGCUUCGAACUCUCAGCCACCGUGGAAAUGACGUCUGCCGAGGCAUUGCGGUCACGUGCCUACGAUGGGAUCGUCGGCGAUGCAGAUGCCUCUGCGGCUGCGGAGGAGCUGGAUCGCCGGCAUCUUGCCAGCCGCGUGCGAGUUUGCGUGGAGUGCCGGGUGAGUGACCGGGUUGUGGGGAGAAGUCCCUCCAUGUCCAUCAGUUGGGACACUGGCAGCACUUCUUCAGCCGCAGCCUUGCUGGAAGAGGUUCCUGGAACUCUGCCAGGGGUGCCUGACUCCAUUCGGCCCGUGCAUAGCUUCAACCUUGCAGUGCACGUAAUGCCCCAGAACAUCUCUCUGCUGGUCUACGUUUCGGCAGGAGGUUGGUGGCCUCGUUGGCACGCUGCUCGGGAGGUUCAGUUAGACAUUCCGAGCCCAGAGGCCAGAAGAGUGACGCAUGCGGCGGUUCUCGAGCAGCGUCUCCUCUUUGGGCCAGGAAUGGAUGAUCUCGGCGAGGAGGAUGGUCUGCUGUCCCAGACUUUCAAAGGUGAAGUGGCCGUGUGCGUCUCCUGGCCUGGAGGAGGUCGAGGUGAUUAUGUCGUGCCACCACCAGCUCCAUUGAAUGCAGAAGGCCAGCCUGUGGCAAACUUGAAGUGUUUGCCAUGCUUCGGCUCCCGAUCUCCACUCUCGCAGAAGGAGGAGCCCAAGCCCGAAGAAGAGCUGGACAAGAUGCGAAUCGACAGUGAGGCUCCGGAAGUGGGGACAGCGUCUACGGAAUUUCGCGGGAAGGGACCAGAAGGAACACGGUUUGAAGACGCGCACCUCUGUCGACGCCGCCUCGGCAGCGAGGACCCGCAGGCUGGCCUGCUGCGUGGCCUGCGAGUGGAGAAGUUACUGCAGCGAGUGGAACGGGCAGGUAUGGACAGUGAGCGGCUUUUGGUUCCCGGCUUCGAAACCGAGGUGAGACAGGAGAAGGAAGCAAAGCAGGAACAGGAAGCAUCUGACACGAAAGCCGGAAAGCAAAAGGAAAGCGUGUACCAGAUGGACUUUCGCAAGAGGAUUGAGGAGCGAACCCGCAAGAUGGCGAUGGUGAAGACCCACAUGUCAUACAAGAGCAUAGUCCGCGAGUAUGGAGAGGAGGCAGAGGAAGGCAACUUGCUUGAGCUUCUUGAGCGCUUCCAGAAGAUGUUUCAGCCCAAGCACACAUUGCGGCCGUCGGGUGGGCGCAGGAGGUUUGAAAGCAGCGUGAAGAGCAUAUGGGUUCACAUUUCCUUGGCCAAAGUUUACGACGCCCCUCUGCGCUGGCAGCAAGAAGCAGUAGCACAGCAGUCUGCACCCCCUCCACCGCUCGGAGGCGUUCCAGGCUUGCAAACAUUCGGCGCUCCUAUUGCUGGGCCAGGACGCGGCUUUCAGUGGCCCCGACAGAUGGGCAGCCCCUUUGCUGGCUCAUCGGAAGGGGUGUUUGGGGCCACCCCUGCUGGAAUACAAACCCAGCAGUUGCCAGAAAUCGUGAUCGAGAUGACUCUUCAGGACUUCCAUGGAAAUCUUCUGUUCAAGCGGACCGAGCGAGCACAGCAAUCUACUGAUCCAGACAUCAAUCAGAUUCUGGAGCUUCCCCUCCACGCAGCUGGCAUAGCCGGAAAAGAGGAGCUCACCCAAGAGAAUCUGAUCAAAUAUAGCGGCGAGCUCACCAUAAACGUUUUCGAUGAACUGUCGCAGAGACUGCCCGGAAGUGGCCAGGAAGUGCGAGUUCGAACUCAAUUGCGCCACCUUGGCAAGUUCGUCUUGCCAUGGGAUACUCUGUAUGCUGCCAAGUGCAGCGUUAAGGGACACUUUCCCGUUGAUCAGCACGUGGUGCUCUUCGGAUACCGUCCCAAAUCAGAGAAGCAGCGCCCGCCCGCACCCGUACAAGCAGAAGGUGCUCCACCGCCGCCGCCAUCCAGCCAAGCCGCGAAGAUGAUGUGCCUGGGUCUGGAGGUCACGGUGGACCCUCCGCUCGAGCAUCCAACACGAGUGCAACCUCAGAUUACCCUGGGAAAGGAGCCCAACAUGAUGCUCAAACAUGUCCAGAAGUGGCACGAUUUGCUCAAGUCGCGGCGUGACUCACGUAUACUGGCAUUGGGCACGGAUGUUGAUGGUCGCUCGUGUCUGAUCUGCCGCUUCAUUCGGCCACAGAAGCCACCAGAUAUCCUGCCCGAAAAUCCGUUUGCAAUCGAAAUGGCUGCAAGAUACGUGUCGAUGAUUCCCUCGCUUCAGGACAAUGAAAUGUGGAACGUGGAAGACCUGUGGUGCACGGACCAAGAGUUCCUGGACAUUCAAUGUGGAGACUGGGAGGAGCAUUGCAUACUGUUGUGCAACUUUUUCAAUUACAUCGACCGCUAUCGACGGGAAUGCGUAGGAGGAUACAGCACCUCAGACAUUCAGUCCUACUGUGUAAUCUGCGACUUAAUGCCGGAGGGGGAAGCCGUCGUGGUAUUGCGAAAGGACAUGCAGUCAGGGAAUUGUGAAUUCUGGCAUGCGCUGAAGGGCCGAUGUCCUUCGCUAUUUCUUGCCAGCAGCUGCCGCGAAGCAACGCACGUGCCCCAUGCAGAGACUUUGGUAGAUCUCGCUGUGAGAUGUCGGCUUCAGGCCUGUGACGAGGCCCUGAUGCAGGCCUGGGCCUGGAGGCCCCUGGCCUCUGCCUCUCCCUCUCCUGGUCGGCCACGUUCCAUCCAGAGUGAGAACUUCAACUGGCGGCCAAAUGUGCUUAGUCUUAGCAAGGCAAAGAGGGGGAGGUUGAGUGACGGAAGGCUUCUGUCACGGAAGUCUGCAGCCCAGGGCAGCGUUACAGAGGCUUCAAAGCUUGGCGCCAUGACAUUGUGGACCUUGCUUGCCAUAUCCUCUUUGAACCUCAUGAGCUUCACGGCGAUGUUUCCGAUUACGCCUAUGCUCAUGAAGCGUUACUCCAUGAAGUCGGAGAUUGGGGUCGGCUUGGUGGCAUCGAUUCUGAGCGACUUCAUUGGCCGCAGGAAGGUACUGUUCAUGGCCUUGCUGGGAGGUGUGGUUGGCUCUGCCCUGCAGGGUGUGGCCAUAGCAUGCUGUUGGCCCUUUGCAGCUUUCCUCGUCGUCAGAGGUGUGUCCGGAAUGUUCAGCGGAAUUGUACCCGUGGUGAAGGCCUACAUAGUGGAUGCCUUCGAUGCAGAAGAGGUCCCUAAGGUCUUGGCAUACAGAGAAGCGGCUGGGACAAUGGCGUUCAUCAUUGGCCCAGCUCUUGGGGGAGCGCUCGCCUCCAGGAGAACUGUCCUGGCGCUGAAAGUUCUUCCGGAACCGAUCCAGCGAAGGAGUGGAAAAGGGCCAAAGAAGUCCACCACUUCUACUGGGACAAGAUCUCCUGUGUUAGCUGUGACCUUGCUGUUCUGUUCGACUUGUUUUCAUGCCUACUUCCCACUUCUCUUGGCGCGCCGAUAUGCGCUUGCCCUCACAAACAUGGGAGCUGUGCUCACGGGCAUCUCCUUGACAAUAGCUGCGGUGCAGAUAGCCGGCUUCGAACGCUGCCGCCAAAGACAUGGGCUGGAGAUCACGAUGGUCCUUGGUGCAUUGCUGGUUCUGGCCGGGCUGGGUGCUCUCUUCAGCCUUCCUGUCGGCACUUCCCUGGCCGGAGUCUUCACAUGUGGUGCCGUGUACGGUGCAGGCUGCGCGCUUGUCUCGCCGGCUCUGCCCUCGCUCUUAGUACAGACGGCCCCACAGGGCCGAUGUGGCGCCCUCUUGGGCAUCGACUCGGCCAUCGUGAACUUCGGACGGAUUGUGGCCCCAUCGGUCUUCGGCCUGCUGUAUCGAAGUGAUCAAGAGUUCACCCGGACCGUUCUGGCAUCCAAGAUAGUCGCAGUUGCCAGUACAGUUGGCUUUCUGGCCUUGUUUCUAAAGCGCCAUCCCGUUGGAGUCUGUGUCCUCGUGGUACCGAAGGGGCUUGGAGCUCGGAAGCGUCCUUUCGGACUUUUCACCGAAGACGACGCAGCGCAGCCUGACACGCAGCAGGCAUCCGUGCUGAAGGCGAUGACCUCCAUACCGAUUCGGAAAGUGCACCUUGUGUUCAACGCGGACAACGUCUGGGCCAACCUCCAAAGCGAGCGGGCUAAAAGUGCCCACAAAGGGGUUGCAGCCUUGUCCUGGGAUCUUGACGAUGCAAGACGCUGGAAGCCGCUGUUUGCACGCGGGCGUGAGGAUUUGAGGAGGUUAUCGGGACUUCCACCAGAUCCGACAGGUGAGGAUGCUCUCGUCAGAGAUCUCUCCAAAGAGUGGCGCUUAGAGGAUCCGUCCCAGGCGCUGACCUUCCAGCCGAAGGAUGAGCCACAGGCUGCACGCUUAGAGAACAUUUUCCAGCUGCAGCUGGAGCAAGACAUCAUCGAUCAUCGCGCCGGUCUCAAAGGACAGCAGGAGCACAAAGUUCAACCAUGUUAUCGCUGA